AUGCGUCUGAGCACACAGAGACGCGGUGGCCGCCCAUCUACUCCUCCACCCUCUUCCCGCCUCCUUCAUCUUCGAAAGCAGCACACAACCCCUUUCUCUCUCCCUCUCACUCGCCCAGAAGUGUUCUUAGGCCUACCCGUAAGCUCCUUCGCCGCUCUUCUGCUCUCCACCCGUGAAGCUGCUCAGCACAUCUCCCCUCCCUCUCCCCGCCGCCAUCGCCGCCUCUCUCCCCCGUUCUGUCGCUCAGCUGCCACUUGCCGUGCCCGCGCCUCGGCUGCCCGAAACAUGCGCUCCACUGCGAAGGCGAUGGUGGCGCUGUGCAGGACGCCGCUGCGCAUGGCGGGGUCGGUGGCCACGGGUGUGUUCUUCGGCGCGUCGAUGCCCGCGGCGCAGUCCGCGACCGGCCUCUCGUUCGGCCUCACAGAGCAGCAGCUGCAGUACCAGGAGACGGCGCGCAGCUUCGCCAAGGAUAAGAUGAUCCCGGUGGCGGCGGAGUACGACCGGUCGAUGAAGUACCCCCACGAGGUGUACAAGCAGGCGUGGGAGCUUGGCUUGACGAACAUGCACAUCCCUGAAAAGUACGGCGGGCUCGGCGCCAGCGUGAUGGACGGAUUGAUUGUGCAGGAGGAGCUGGCCUACGCGUGCACGGGCAUGGCGACUGCGUUCGAUGGCAACAACCUCGCCGAGGCCCCGCUCCUGAUCGCCGGCACGGACGCGCAGAAGAAGAAGUACCUCGGCCGCAUGGUGGAGGAGCCGCUGCUGGCUGCGUACUGCGUGACGGAGCCGACGGGUGGGUCGGACGUGGCUGGGCUGAAGACGACCGCGAGGAAGGAGGGCGACCGGUGGGUGAUCAACGGCUCGAAGAUGUGGAUCACGAACGGCGGCGUGGCGAGCUGGUACUUUGUGCUGGCGCGCAGCGAGGGCGGCUACACCGGCUUCAUCGUGGACGCCAACGCGCCUGGCGUGACGCGCGGGGAGAAGGAGGUGAUGCUUGGCCAGCGCUGCAGCGACACACGCGGCAUCACGUUCGAGAACGUGGUGGUGCCGGAGGAGAACGUGGUGGGCGAGCCCGGCAAGGGCUUCCAGGUUGCCAUGAGGGUGUUCGACUUCACACGCUCCUCAGUGGCCAUCGCCGCCGUCGGGCUGUCCCGCCGCGCCACGGACGAGGCGACGAGGUACGCUCGCGAGCGCGUGACGAUGGGCAAGCCGAUUGCGCAGCAUCAGGCCGUCGCGUUCAUGCUGGCAGAGAUGGCGGCUGGCGUGGAGGCGUGUCGACUCAUGACGUACCGUGCUGGCUGGGAUACGGACCAGGGCCGCCGCAACACGUACUACGCUUCGUGCGCCAAGAUGAUGGCGGCCAACCUUGCGGAGAAGUGCGCGACAAACGCGGUGCAGAUCUUCGGCGGCAACGGCUACAACACCGGCUACCCGGUGGAGAAGCUGUACCGCGACUGCAAGAUCUUCUCCAUCUACGAGGGCACGACGCAGAUCCAGCACACGAUCGUCAGUCGCUACGUGACGGGCAUGCGCUGCUGA